GAUGACUUGGAAACAGAGCUAAUGCCUAUUGGUAAUUUGAAUGAUGACUGUGAUUCCUCGGAGGACAACUCAACAAAAGAAGGAAGGAAGUCAAAGCUCCAUUUUGUUAAUCCCAUUAGUGUUGAGACGCGAAAUGAAACUGGGUUUCACAAGAGCAUGAGGAUCUGUCUAGAGCAGAUCAGAGAAGCCCUUCUGCAUCAUAGAUGGCAGGAGGCAGCUGAAUAUAUGGCAUGUUACCCCCAAAUGUUAGACGACACAACUAGGGGCAAACAUCAGCAGCAAAGAGAGCUUAUUUGGAGAAUGGCCACUGAAAUCCUCCACCACCACCACAACUCAAAGAUGGAAGACUACAACAACAUCUACGAACGAAUGAAACAUUCAGGAGUUAAACAUUACCUGCUGAUCUGCCUGGAACAUUCAUUUCACCUGCUGCUCCACGGCCAGAUCCAGGAUGCAAAGCGUGAGCUGUCUGCUGCUGAGAGUUGGAGGUACGGCAAAGAGUCAGCAGCUCAGUAUGAGAGGACUAAACUGAUCCACGCCUACAGAAGUUUACUGGAUUAUAUCAUCUGGUGUGACAAAAAGCAUGCACAGUCCAACACUGAUUAUUCAGACUCUGCCAACAACAAGGAUAUGAACAACUACUUCAGACAGGCUUCAGUGAAUCUGAAGGAGAUUUUGAAAAAUCCCGGCAUCUGGGAUCCGUUCAUAUUGAGUUAUGUUGAGAUGCUGGAAUUCUAUGAGGAUCACGAAGAGGCUGAGAAAGUCCUGAAUGACUACGCAUAUGACAACGCAUUUCCCCCCAACCCCAAUGCUCAUGUCUAUCUGUACGAAUACUUCAAGAGACAUGAUGCUCCAGAGAGGAAAUUGAUGAAAGUGUUGAAGCACCUCCAAACUUCAGUACCAAGUCACGAGUUGAUGUUGGAGUACAGUUUUCUUCUGCUUUGGUCAGAUAAAAAAGGUGAUGUUCAGAAGGCUUUGGGAGUCGUUCUGGAUAUGCUGGACUACGCCUGCUGGAGGAGCAACGUGGACGUGUGGAAGCGUUUAAAGGAUAUUGUUGACAAAUUACAGUUACAAGAGGACUGGAAGGAGGUCGUCUCUGAAAAGAUGGCUGCGAGAAAAGACUGGUGGCCUGCGCUGCACUUCACAAGAUUCCACACCAGGGAAGACUCUAGGGACAACCCGCAGCUGAUGGGGGUGAAGGCGUCACUGACAAGCAUCCUUUGUCCAGACUUAACGCUUAAAUACUCUGCUGGAGAGGUAAUCAAUGAAGGGCAGACACAAAGGAAGAAGACGAAGAAGACAAAGAAAACCUAAAACUGUGACUUCAAACAUACACGAACAAAGUUGAGAUGCUGGUGGGAAUCAGCCAAA